AUGCGGAUCUGGCUCACAGUUCUCAUUCAGGCGUUUUUCGCCUCAUCCGUUCUUUCCCAAUUUCAACCGGACCCAGUUCCUGAAGUAGUCACACCUGCUCCUGCUCCUGAAGUCGUCCCACCUGCUGAAGGAUCAACUGAAGUUCCGAAUGCUGAUUGCUACUUGUGUGUACCGACUGUUCAAUGUGGAGAGACAAUAGAAGGAGAUUAUUCAAGUGGAGAUGUCAAUGUUCUGUUCAUGAAGGCAAUGGAAGAUGGGGACUAUUUCGUUGUGAAAGGAGAGGUAUUCCCAAAUGCUAAAAAAAUCUUCUUCGACAUCUUCAAAGAUUUGAAUGUAGGAAAAGCUCAAGAGGGUUUCGAGAAUCAGCGAACUCUUCUGCAAUUCAUUCAUUAUUAUGAGACCAAUGUGACAUAUUCGAGAUCCGGACUACAUGGAAUGAAUGAAAUGGAUUCCUUCCGUCCAGCUAUUCUUCCACUUCCAAUCAGAGAAAAGAAACCAUGGACGUUGAUGUUUAGAAUGCAUCGUAAUCAGACAGGAUUCGAGACAGGAGACGACAACGGAUGGUUCAACAACCAUGUCCCAUGGAAUGGAACAGCAACAACACAAUCAUUCAAUGUUCGAGGAAACUGGAAGACGACUUCUAUCGAAUUUCAUUGCGUCAACAGCACUCUAUUAUAA